CAGGAAAAUUGCCUCUCAAAGAAUCAUUAGUAAAGCAUGCAGUACCACGCAUAUUUUUCCAUCGUUGCACUGAUGUUCAGCGCAAAGGAAGUCCUAGGACACCACAAUUUCACCCUGGAUGACAAUGUUCUAAUAUCCUUGCCCGAACUGUCAAGUGACCCAGUUGUUGGAGGAGACACGCGUUACCUUUGCUUCCUAAACGUACGAGUUUAUUCAAACCCAUCUCUGAAUAGACCAGCAUCUGAUAUACCUGUUUAUGCUCUGACGGAGAGAGAAAACAGUUAUAUUGGUUAUAGCAAGGUGAAAACCGAUGAGAAUGGAAACGCAUGCGUUAUAACACUUUGUUAUGAAAACGCUCUGCUCUUAGUAGAGACAGACAGAGAAAAUGCUCUUGCUGCUUCUAAAGACAAACAGCAUCUUCACAUUGCCAUGCAAUAUAGUAUUUUGCAUAAACAAAGAGGGAUAAAGGUGCAAAAUGUUCAGAAUUUUGGUUCACUAUUUGGUCAACCGGGUCCAGUAUAUGCAAAUUCAGAAAUCGAGAAGCAAUUCUGUGAAAAUUCUUCCCCAGAUUAUUUUCACUUCAAGUACCAUUUCUUUGGAGAGCCGGACAAGUUGGAGGAAAAUCCAGAAGCGGAGGAGUAUGACCCCAAUACAUCCUGGUACCCAUCAUUUGGUGCUAAAGAGGCUUGUUUUAUCAAAAUCCAAAUACAGACUGGUAUUUUCUCCACAAGUAUUGUUGCUGAAAGUGUGAAUGCAGUAAGUGGAUUUUGGUAUGGAACUGCAAUCGCAUCACCAAAGGAAGGUAUCAACUCGGGAACCGCUAAAGCUGCUUGCGUAGAAUUCCGAUGUCCUGCAGUUAAUGACCUCAAUGAUGACAUACCAACAUUUCUGAAUGCAUCCAUUGCUUUGCCAUCUGGAUCUUCCUGCAAUCUCACGUCUAUGUCAAAUGAGCUUUCACAGAAAGGGAUUUUAAACACGACAGACACUACAUUUUGGGGAACGUUGACAUCUAACAGCAACUAUGGCCCAAAUGUUGGAAUCUAUAAAAACGUCAAAGAACCACAGGAUGUUGCUCGCUUCAGUUGUUAUACUGGGAAGAAUGCAUUUGAGAGCGCAUACGAAAUGAAUCCUGGAGUCGGCAUAGCUUUGGCCUAUCUCUGUCAGUGAUACAUUUAUAGAAAUGCACUCCUUAAAAAGAAAUACAUGUUCACAAUUGCC